GUUACAUACAUCAUUGUAAUCACCAUCUUAAUUAACAAUAUUUCUUGACAGAUAUCACGGCAAAAGGCUGAGAAACCAGAUGAAUUUUAUAUCACAAAAAACGAUGAACAAACACCAAAGUUAGAUACAUGUAUCACGCAAAGAACUGAAAAGCUUGAAAAUAAAUUACGGGAAACAAGCAAAAGCGUGAACGAUUAUGUACCAGCGUGUCGCGAUGUAGAUCAUUUAUUAAAUGUAACAAAAUCGGCGAACAAGAUGACUGAUUAUCCUAUUGGUGAACAAUCCAUUUUAGAAACGAGACACUGUCCAACCUUGCAGUAUGCGACUAACGAGCGAUAUGACGUUGGAAGUAGAUUUCCUCAAGAACAAAAUCAAGAGACUAAUAGGCCACUGUUUUUAAUGGUUAAUGAGAAAAGGAUACACGCGCUACCUAUCAAUCCUGUUAACACAGAAACUGCGUCCUCGUCCGCGCAGUCACUGCAGUGUUACAGCAUUCAAAUUCCUAUAGUCGCAUAUCGCGAUACACCUUUACAAAUAUCGAGUAUGCUUACGCAAAUGGAAAAGAAUGUUAACAUGCCGUCCGUGUGUCAAAAUGACAGUGUGAAAGGUCAAGAAAUUGUCGGGAAUGUCUGUACAGAAUCGAUGAAGAGUAUCAGUUCAGUGCAUAACUUCAGGGAGUCUAAGAAUGAAAAAUAUCCACUUGAUAAUGUUGGGCGUUAUAACGCAAAGAUCAACGAUGAUAUCUCGAAGAACAAAAGUAUUUCCAAGAAUUGUGAAAGACACUACACUUCCGAAAUAGGCGCGAAGGAAAACGUCGCAUCGUUAAAUCAAGAUAUUACAAAGGAUAUCAAGCUCGAUAAUGAUCGUUGUGGAAACUUUGAUGAGUUAGAAUUAAAUAAUGCGGUUGACAUCAACAAUAAAAAUUUAAGUUAUUCAAAUUUAAAUAUCGCUGCAAGAUUGAAAAAUUUCGUCGAUCAAAGCUACGUGAUAGAUUCUUGUAUCGCGAAUGGAAAAAAGAACGAGAAAGAAAUGUCGAAAUUGAGCGAAAGAAAUAUGGCGAAAGCGCGGAUUUAUUCGUGUAUCGACACGGGGACACAAAAGCUGGCGUAUCACGUAAAGGAUGAUCGAGACAAUGCAGUUAAACCUUGGACAAAUGUAAUAAAUGACAAAGUACUAGAUAAAAAUUUAACCUUUAGUCAAGUUGACGAUAAGGAGGAAUAUAGCAAAAGUAAUAAGAAAAAGGAAAAUAAGAAGGAAAAUAAGAACGAAGAGGGAGAGCUGCGCAUUAACGUAAAACGUAAAGCAACACCGAUGAAUCUGUCAAAAAAGGCAAAGUCAUUCUUACGGAAGAAAUCCCGUUUCGCGAUUACAAAUUCCGACUGUACUCUGAUACUGCCUGGUUAUCGUGGCAUUAAAGGUAAACGAUAUAAAAAGAGCUGCGGUCGCUCCAAAAUAAGUCAAUCGUUACACGGAAGAAACGGAAUAAAUAGUAUGAAUUCUAUAUUAGUAAAGCACAAUGCGUCGAAACAAGAUCGAAUAAAUUCUCGUUCAUUGACGAAUCUACGAACGAGAAAUUUAUUUGAGAAGCCAUCAUCCAUUCCCCUGGAGACUCAAGAGCUGUUGAACAAAAGUUAUUGGGAGUAUUACUGGAAACUCCGGUGUAAAAUCAAGUCAGAUAACGCAAAAGAAAAAGACAAAUGUUUAAACGAGCAUCUACCUGAAUCUCAGACUUUACGACAAUGUUCUGUCCUCUCCUGCAUGAUCAAUACAGCGCUUCGAGAUUCAACUCGGGCGACUGGUGAUGAAAGAGCGUCUUCAAAUCCGAACAUGACAUCUGUUGCACAAGAAAGCGUUUCUGCAUUGCCCUCCAUGUUGGUGAAGAAGAUUCAACGAAAAAGAAUGAAGCGAGCGAGCAAACGAUUGCUCGGACUUCGAGCCAUAGGUACAAUAGAUAUGUUUCUUUCUCUCGCUCGCUCGCUCAACAAAGCUAUAUUUUUUUCGAUUAACUUAAUUCUUAAGCCCAUCUCUAUCAAUGUAGAUAAACAUUAAUCUCUAACUUAUCUUCUUCUAAUUGUAAGUAUUAGAAAAAGAUAGAGAAUAUAAUAAAUUAAAUUAGGAUUAAACUGCAUUAAUAGAAAGGGACAUUAAUUGUAAACAAUUUGAUCUUUAUUCUUCAAUUUAACGUUUAUAAUUCUAUUAGCACUGCUGUGUAUCGCGAUGUAUGUCGCGGUGAUAUUUUUGCCUAUGAUGUACGACUAUUUCUUCGACGAGGAAUACGACGAUGAGAACACGAAUUAUAUCGAACUAAUAUUCCAAUACAUCAUAUCGUCGUUUGGAGAAGCUCUCGAUGAAGUUAUCGAUGUCUUGAAUACGAUUUUUUUACGGCCAGUAAGAUUUGAUCGAAAACGGUAAUCUUCGCAACUCUUUCAAAUUCGUGAUAGUUCCGUUGCAAUGGUCAUAUCUGUACAAAUCCAUAUUAAGCGUUCUAUAAUCUGUGUCAUUUUCAGCAUUUGUAAUGUGAGAAAUGUUAAGUUAUUCGAAUCCACGUGUCUCUAACUUGUUUUGUCACUCAUCCUUGGCUGAUCGUUUAUACACAUUUUAUUACAUAGCGUACGACAUCCGACGUAUGACGUCCGAUAUCCAAUAGAAGAAUUUGUUUCCUGAAGAUAAAAAUAUCGCUAACUAGAACCGAAUUCUCUUGUUAGAUAUCGUAUUGUCGAAUAUCAUAUGCUGUGUGAAUCUUACAUUAUUGUUUACAACGUUUUCGUAAGUUGUGUGUAUCUAUAUCUUUAUGCAGAACGAUAUUUCUUACAAAUAUAUAUAUUGUAUACAUACACGAAUUUAUAUAUAAUAUACAUAUCAUUGUGUAAAUUGCUAUUACAUCCAUAGGUUUGAUUAUAUAUAAUAUAAUGCGAAAUGAAAACAGAAACAACCCUACUGAAAAAAAUCAUGUCACAAUAUUACAUGAUGGAAUCAUGUAAUUAAAACAUGUAAAACACGUAACGGA